AUGACAGACCUGGAAACAAUUUACAGGUUUGUUAGAUAAUAGAAAUAAUUUUUUUUAGCAAGGACUGCAUAAGUUGGGUGAUGAUGCCUGUACCAUCACAAGCGGACAUUGAAAAAUCAAAGUAUUUUAAAAUGAGAUUUACCGGCGACCCUUCCUAUGAGUUUGAACAUACAGAACUCACUCAGGUGCCUGGGGAGGGUGACGAAAUCAACGAAAAGGAACGAACGGUACGUUAUGUGAUUGAGGUGAUUUCCUUAGAUCACGAUGAAGGAGGAAGAUCGAUUAGCCGCCGUAGUAAAAAGGAUAGAUGACGACGUGCGCAUCGUACCAAGGGGUGCAUAUAUUAGAUUAGCAAAUGGCGACAUCGUAAGAAACAAAAUGUACGAAGGUAGACGCACAUCACUCCCGUAUAUUUGCGCUAGGAAUGGAAGUCGCAGAUGCGAUGAAACCGUCUUCAUAUUUUCAUUUUCGGCCACCCGUAAAAUAUCCUCACAAACCCCUGGAAGAUAAAGUAAAGAGCGACAAAUGCAUUGACUUCCUCGAUACAAUUGAGAACGACAUACCAAAAGGUAAAUCGAACUUGUAUGCUUAAUGUCAGCAGUUUGUGUUUGCUCUAUAAGAUUUUCUUCUAUGAAGGUUUUAAUACGAGUUCGGAAUCAAGUCUAGACCAUUGACGUGGCACUAUUGCUUAUCACCAAUCCCGUUCGCUCAGCUAUGCUACGAAUACACUCCGCUGUUGCCAAAUACUGUUAGGAAAUUCAACUAUUCAUUUUUCAAAAAAGGCGACUAUGAUACAGUACCAGGACGGGAUACGCGUUCCUACCAUUUCAUCUAUAUUUGGGCAUUAGAACGCAUGGAGUUAAGACGAAGAAUAAAAGCGCAGUCCAACGACACGUUUCUAUCCAAUAACAUGCCACAGAUUUGCUGCCUUUUUUGAGAUAGCAGAAAUGCGUUGCUUAACGCUAUUCAGUAGCGCCAUGUGAUGCCGCUCCAGUCUCGACACCAUAACGUCCGAGAACACGCAGAUAUUAAGAAUCGAUAGCUUAAUUUUUUAAGAAUAUUUGGAUAGAAGUCUGUAACUUGCGAUUGUACGUACGUCGCCCAGUGCACAGCCGUUUCGCGACACACCACACAGAUAAGUCGUUCACGGACCAGUUUCUGAUGACAAAGUUGGGAAUCCUAUCAUUCAGAUAAGCAGAUUCUGUAGCAUUCCUAAACUUGGCCUUAUUAAGCGACUCUAGUCCUAGACGACGAAAACUACUAGAAGUGCUUUUCCGCAUCAAGAUAUAAUUUCGAAGUCUUCUUUAUUUUGGGUUUAUGAAUACCAUUCUUGAUUUACGAAAACUGUCUCGCUGUGCUUUUUUGAUAGACGAUUUAUGCACACAUUAUACGGCUGCCAACGGUAUAAGCGUAAAACCUCAUAAAUUACUGGUUAGACCUCGUUGAUUCGUACACAAUAAUUUUCUGGCACGAAAUUUCAAGCAAAUAUCGUCCAUAGGAGACUUUGGCUUAUUGGCCAGGUUUCCGACCCGCACAAUAGUGCGCGGUCGUUACAUGCAUUAAAGUUGAAGGUGUAUUCAGGAGGACUUCCGUGAGGUUAUGUGAGCCCCCUCCUACCCAGAAUUCCUUUGUUUGGUUUUCGUCAGGAUCGUAGCAAAUCGGACAUACUUAACUGUAAGCCAAAACACCUAUUACCCUUUAAAAAGUGAAUUUGGGAUAGCGACAUUUCGUUCCCCGACAUAUCGACCGACCCUCGAAGACGAAAGAUUUCACAGCAUUGCACAUUCACAUGAUCUAAAUAUAACGAAGGACAGCUUGCAAAAAAUGCGAAUCGAAGGUGCAGUCGUUAUUACAGCCGUACCAUCCAGUAGUCACACAGAUGAGAAAUCAGACAGUCGUGACAGCGUAAACAAGAAUGCCAGCCUUUGAUGACGGCUGAGGUUAAUGAAAGUACGAACGACGGCCCCCGACGUAGAUUAAGUACACGGGUGAUGAGGUUUCAACAAUUAACAACUUGAAGGCCGGCCAUCAAGCAAUUGGCGCACCACCGUGCAACAAUUCUUGAAGGGGAGCGCGAGUAAUUACUACAGGCACGCGAUAGCAUACCGAGUGCAUCCUAUAAAUACAGCAACUUCCUUUGCACGAUUUACCCGUUUCUGCCACUGUCUCUGAUGAUGGGUUCGAGUGAGAAUCCGAAACGUCAGGCGGAUAGAGCCCUUUGCCCAGCGACUGCUUCUUCUUAUCAAAAGAGAAAUUGCGUGCGAAGUAGUGGCGUCUGGAACGGGCUCCGACUAAACAGAGUUAAAACGCCUAGUAGGAAUGGACGUAACAAUCCAUAGAGAGCACUUUGAACCCCGCGGCUCUCGGCGUGCUCACUGGUUUGAUCUCGGGCCUAGGUGCGGGGCUAAUUAAAUGCAAUAGAAGGGUGCAUUGAACUGUCUAAUGAAGGCAAGGCGAAUGCUGAUACAGAGGAGAAGUGAACAGUGCCAAUAUGCGCCCAAUUGAUAAUGAUUACGGGUUUGUGCACCCCGAAGAAGGCGGAAAGGCACUUUCAAGGCUUAGACGUGGACGCAUUUGCCACACCUACUUUAAUUUUCCUUACGAAUGUAUUAUGAUACUGUCCCAGUUGACGCAUGUAGGGCCAAGACCAGCUGA